GCUGUAUUGUCGUCGUGAAGUGCAUGAUCUGCGGGGUUUUCUUCAAAAUGAAGUCAUGGCUGAGAAUGUAAGAGGAUUCGUUGUGGGUCCUCCUGGCACAGGCAAAUCUGUGUCUACGCUAAUUUUCGCAACUUCUUUGGAUCACGAGGAAUGGAACGUCGUUGGGAACGAAGGAAUAACAUUACUGGGACAUUGCCGAUUUAUCUAGUUUUGAGUUGCCUCGAGUCGCCGUCAAAAAGCUCUUUAUUGUUUAGGUGGCUUCAAGGCAACGACUGAUCACGCAAAUUUUUUCCAACACGUCUUUACGCUUCUCCACAGGAAAAACGAGAGACUUGUGGUUUGCUCCGCGAUGGCCUCACUUGGUAAAAGUAACCGGGAGGGCGAUCGUCAUGCGAAUAUCCAAAUGCACUUCAUAUAUUCAUGGACGAAAGACGACUAUCUCGCAGCCAUCACCAACCAAGCUUUUUAUAACAAGGUCGCGUCAAAAUUGGACGCAACGAGCGCCACUGAAGUGAAACAGACGACGGCAUCGAUGCAGAAUUGAAUGAGGAUAAGAAGAAGAAUCAAUCUGUUGAUUUGGAGUUCUACUAUCCUGGUGGCUCAUGUCGGUUCAUGUUUUAAUACUUCACGAACGAAGUGAUGGAAAGUCUGAAAUCCGCGGUUGAAUCUGUCGCCAACAGGACAGAUCUGGUCAAAUAUUGCGGUGGCAAUUUGGGUUAGCUAUUUAUCGGGUUACCUACUGGUAGGGCAUGAUGCAGAGGUCAGAUGCAUUAUCAGACCGCAAUAUCAGCUCCUACUAGAUAGCAGACCAUUGUAAAGCAGGUAAAUGUAUUAAAUUUAAAAUAUUCGUC